UAGAAGUAAAUGAACGGGAAGUGGGAAGAAGGGAGAGAUCUGAGAAUCUCUCUUUCUUUGCUUUUCUUCCCCAAAUCCCUGAUUCAGUUGCCCCCCACCAAAAUUUUUGGGCUGAUUUCUCGUUUGUCUGUUGUUCAUAUAUUCUUUGAUUCAAAUUAUUUAUCCGGAAUCGUUAGCGUCUUCUCCCUCUCCACCGUUCUGCAACCUUAUUUCCCGCAUCGAGAUUCGUUACUGGACGAUGCCGCAGCUGCGAGGUCCGAAAUCGUCGAUUUGAUUCUAACCGGCUGUCGAUACUUGAAGGAAUUCGGCUUGGAAUUAGCUCCUUCACAUGGCUUCGGCGCAGGUCAUGACUGAUUCCGCUACUUCUUCUCGCAAGCUGGGGCAUCUUGAAGCAGGAAAGAAAAAGUUGGAAGAAUUUCGCAAAAGGAAGGCAGAAGGGAGGGCUAAGAAAGCUGGAUCUACUGGACAAUUGCAGUCAAUUGAUGAGGUAAGUAUUGAAAAAUCUUCUCAGAAUAAGGAACAUCAGGCAGAUACAACAAAUUCCAGUACGAGCGCUGGUUUUUCUGGGUCCCAUACAACUCCAGUGCAAAAAGAAGUAGUCUCUUCUACUGAUAAACACGUGAUUUCCUCAAAUGAAAGCGCUCAGAUGUUUAACUCAUUUGAGAAGUCCAGCUACACAGGUUUAGUUAAUGGUUAUCAUGAGGACUGGAAAGAGAGAAGUGAGCUUAGUGACACUGAACAAUCCAAGUAUGAAACAGCAUCUAUUGCUAUAUCAGGCCAGUUUACUGCUUUUGGCUCAGUUCACACAGAUGUUAAUCCUGAUGAGGGUUUGGUCAGCUCGAGUCUUUACUCUCCUCCAUUAUAUGAAAGCAGGACUUCUUCAGCUCGAGUGAGUUAUCUUAAUGCAUCUAAUACUGCUAGUUUACAGAAAGCUGAGAGUGCUUCUGUAGAAAGCAGGUUGGGGCUGCCCAGCACCUCGUUGAGUUCAUCUUUAACCUCCAAUGACUCAGUACCUGGGUUGGGGAUUUUUAAGCCUGUUAGCUUUAACAAUAAAGGCCUUGUGGAUACUCACGUAGGACGGAAGACAAUAUCUGAAUCCAUUAACCAACGCCUUAACCUAGGAAGUGCAUCUCUGCAUUCAUCAGAACCUUCUCCAAUAGACUCGAGCCUGCCAAUCAGAAGAUCACGGGAAGCUCAUUUAUCCUCUUCAACUGGCUAUGAAGUGACUUCUAGUCGAACUCGCCAAUCUUUUCUUGAUACUCUUGGAGUAUCUAGGGCCUCGCCAACAGCCCAUGUGCCACUUUAUGAACUUCAUAAAGCUAAUCUACCUGUUUCUUCUAGUGAUUCAGUGGUCCAGAGUGCAGAUGUUCAUUUUCCUUCCCAUCAACAGCCAUUUACUAAUGCGAACAGUGUGCAAAAACCUUCAAGUUCAUCACCAUCAGUAUUGGUUGAUGAAAAGGUGAAUUCUUUUGCUUCAUCAAAUGACAAAUUAAUGCUGGAGACAAGCGGGGAAUACUUACAAGGGGGGCAUGAGCUUUUGGUUCCAAAGAAAGAUGAAGAUUUUUCAGCCCUUGAGCAGCACAUUGAAGAUUUGACACAAGAGAAGUUUACCUUUCAGAGAGCUCUGGAUGCAUCACGCACAUUGGCAGACUCAUUGGCAGCUGAAAAUUCAUCUUUAACGGAAACUCAUAAUCAUCAGGCUAAAUUUAUCAGCGAAUUAAAAUCUGAGAUUGAACGAUUGCAGGAAGAAGUUAAGGAUCAACUGCGGGCAGUUGAGUCUCUGAAAUUGGAGUAUGCCAAUGCACAACUAGAAUGCAAUGCUGCUGAUGAAAGAGCAAAAAUACUUGCUUCUGAAGUGAUUGGGUUGGAGGAGAAGGCGCUCAGGCUGAGGUCAAAUGAGCUGAAGCUGGAAAAGCAAUCAGAGAACUUUUCUUCUGAGAUUGCUUCUUACAAACGUAAGGUGUCAGUUUUAGAGAAAGAGCGACAGGAUUUCCAGUCCACAAUCAAUGCCAUGCAAGAAGAGAAAAAGCUCUUACAGACCAAGCUGAGGAAAGCCUCUUCAAAUUCCAAAGUAGAUGAUGCAAUGAGGAGCUCCUCAAGUAGAAGAGAUAUGUCCACAUCUACAGAUGAUUUAGGUGAUGACAUUGACAGGCAGAUCAAUGAGGCAGAAAUCAUGGCUAGGAAUACCAUGAGGUUGUUACAAAAUAACACAGCAUUGAAUGAUUUUGUGACAACUACCUCCUCUCCAUCAGAUGGCAUAAGUGUUGAUCUGCUUGAUGCUUCGAUUGGAAUUCCACGUGAUCAGCUUAGAAUGAUAGAUAACAUUAGUUCUCUAAUGUCUGAGUUGGCACUGGAAAAGGAGGAAUUGAUGCAAGCUUUGACAAUUGAAACCUCUAGUAGUUCCAAGCUGAAGGAUUUGAACAAAGAGUUAUCUCGAAAGCUGGAGGCACAGACCCAAAGAUUAGAACUCCUGACUGCCCAGAGGAUGGCCAAUGAGAAUAUCUUAACGAAGUCUAUAAAUACCCACAACAUUCCAGAUACAAUGGAUUAUGCCGAUGAGGGAGAUGAGGUGGUUGAGAGGGUGUUGGGCUGGAUAAUGAAGUUCUUCCCAGGUGGUUCCUCCAAACGUCGCACCAGCAAGCUUCUGUGAUUAGGAAAAAUAAAACCUGCAGCCUCAGGAAGACCAGUUGAUCCCUAACAGUGAUGUUUAUGCAGAAAUGGUGGCUGGAUUAAGAUCUCCACCAGCGUAUAUUUGUCAUUUUUAUAGAGCAAAGUAAUGAAAUUUGUGGUGGUUCUUGCGUGAAAGCAUACCUGAGAGAACAAUAGGUGGAGAAAUAAACGGUAGGCCCCAUGUCCUCAUUUUAUUCCUUAUAUUAGUUUUUGAAUACAUAUUUAGUGUUGAAAAUUUGCAGAGAAACUGUAUGAAAGAAUCAUUGAUUUUACGCCAUAAUUCUUUGUUACAUUCUA